GGUAGUUGAAAAAGUAGCAUGAUGUCCUUUCCUUCUCUUAACUCAAUAUUCCGACAAGUCAUUGCUCAAUGGCCUCGAUUUCUCUAUGCGCUAACAUGGACAGUUCUGUUGACGUUAAUGGUAAGCAUAUUGUCAUUUGCUCCGGAGAUGGCCUUUGUAUCAGCAGUAUCUCCAUCAUCAUUGUUCUCGCGAUCCUGCAAGGCUGAAGGGCUAGUCAGGAUCCCUUUAGACUUCCCAAGGGAGAAAGCGUGCUUGCCUGCUCACAUGGUGAAGAGGUCCAAGGUGGAUUUCUUUGUGCCUACCGUCUUCGCAGGUCUUAUUGUUGCUGCUUCUGCUUGUGUGGUUCGAUCUCUGGGCUUGUGGGAGAGCGAGACAGGUUAAUAUAUAUUUGCUAAUUCUCUGCAUCCUGAACAAACGUCUAAAUUCAUGUACUUGAUAAAUAUCAGUUGAUGUUUCUGUGCUCCUGGGUCAUAUUUUGUUUCAUUUGCUGCAUCUUUCUCAUGUUGCUUAAACUUUUUUCAAGAACAUCUUGAUUAACUUACUAGAACUGGUUUGAA